UUUAGUAUCGAUGGUCUGUUGGUAGACGGAGUGGCUGUUGUCUCUAGGUACUUCUUGCUCUUCCGGAUCUAUGCAUCAUUUACGUUGUUGUCUGGUUUGGCUACAAGCUCGUGCGCGAGAUCAUGUGGGUGACAGGAGGCAAAUCGAAAUCAUCGACAUUUCGCGAAGAUCCUCCCUAUCAAAUGGAGUAUGUGAGACGCACCCUAGCCAAGCCAAAGAUUGAGGACAAAGAUAAGCGGAAGAAAUCGUGGAUAGCACGCUUUAUUGCCAAACACAUCUACGAAUGGGAUCCAACAUUCAAGUACUCGACACGAAUGCUCAUCACUGUUGGUGUAGCGGCGGUAGCAAUAUGGGAGUUGACGGUAGCUGUUUCCACGUUCUCUCAUCUUCUCACUGACCCACUGCAAAGUAUCGAUUUCGGUAAUAGUGAAUCUUCGAGCAGCGAAAUGAGCUACAGCUCCACGACUCUAAACUCCUCGUCUCCUACCCCCAUGGACGCCCAUUCUGAUCUCAACAGACAACGUGACGCCGCAACGUCGACGCCAAUGCUUAGCAACGCCGACUUGGCAAGACUGAGACAUGAUUUUAAUGCUUGCUUAGCCUUAGGAGUGGACUUUAUAAAAGAACUGGGAUACGCAUCUUGUGACUACAAGAACGAAACGUUGAUCUAUUAUGAUGAGAAAGGAAAUGUAGCUAAAAGUACAUCAAUUCCAAAUCCAUUUCCAACUGUACCACCCACUCCAACUGCUGCCACUAACAACAACAAUGAUUAUGACAAUAACGGAUCUGAAACGGAAGGCGGCGAAUCCGGUAUCAGGAGUAAGAUUGAAAAAUUGACCGAUUUUGUCAAAGAUUUUAUAACGUUCUUUGCUCGUGCGUUUCCCGCUUGUAUCGGAGUGUCGAUUGCAUUCAGUACGACCAUCGUAGCUCUGCAUCUGCCUCAUUUGCUGAUGUGUUACAGGAAGCACAUGAAGCGUUUGUAUCGCGGCGACAAGUUUUUUCUUCCCAGUUCAAAAAAGGCACCAGUCAAACUCGUGGCGCCUCUUUCAUAUGUUUGGCUAUUUCUUCUUUUUCUACAACACUCUCAUUGGAAUACUUUCCGCGCUGCGCAGGCUGAUCACGAGUCUGGUGCUGGGAACUAUCAUGCUCGAACGCCUCGAUCGAUCCACUCUCCCCGAGGCUGGGAAUCUCUCGACAAGGGCUUUAAGAGCUACGUCAGUUUCAUUGUAAUGGAACACGAGUUCUGUAAUCCGUAUGUGGCUACAUUCAUCUAUCUUCUGCAACAGAAUCGGGAUAUACAGUCCAACAAACAAACUGAGCUGGUGAGUGCCCACACAAAUUCCGGUGGUUUUAUUACCUACAAGUCGCGUCUCAAUCGCAACAGAUGGCUGGUCGCCUACACGCUCAUCAAUAAUCCUGCCCUGCUGGCUAACCGUCGCGUCGACAAGCUGGAGCGUGCCAGUCUCAUCACUCGCAGUCUGAGCAAGACUGUAAGUGUCAACAGCACUACAGCACUAGAAACCGUACUCUUAGAAGAAUACUACUUGAGCAAGCCCCCCCCCACAAUAACGAAUUCUAACGGACUAGUCAUUAUUCAAUCUUCUAUCAGACUUUCAUGUUGACUAUGUUGGUACACGUCCUCGAGUGUCCAACUAAUUAAUUAACUGGGUUUGUAGUCUAGGAAAACUUGCA